UUAAAAAAGUAUAAAACAAUUGCAAGAAUUUAUAUAAUAAUUAGAUGAAUUAUAAUAUUUUUCAUUUUCAAAAACAUUCAAAUUCAAUAAAAACAUAAAUAAACAUUGCGAGAAGUAUUUUAUGACAGAAGAAGAUAUAAGAAUAUAAAGAAUAUAAAAAGAUUAAAAAAAAUAUUAAAGUAUUUAAAAUAACAAAAAAAAAUAUGAUAAUGAAAAGGAAUAAAAAUAGGAAAAGAAAUUCACAUAAAUAAUAUAAAACAAUUAAUAAUAAAAAAAUUUAUAAGAAAAAGAAUAAAAACAUUAAGAAAAUAUAGAAGACGAAAUAACUGAACGAAAGAAGAUAUUUAAAUAAAAAUCAAGAAGAUCAUAAACAAUAAAUAAACUAUUAACUUCUUAUCAAGUGGUAAAGAGUAGAAAAAUAGCCAAUUAAGCGAUUACAAUUCAAGUUUUUUAAGAUGAAUAAAUAAAAGAUGAAAAUGAUAGAAGCUUUUAUAAAAUUAUUAUUAAUGAAAAAAAUUAUUUGCAAAAAUCAUCCUAAAAUAAUACGUUAUAUAAUAAUAUGGAAAAUAUAAAAGAUAAUAAUAUUAAUGAAAAUAUCAAAAACUGUGAUUCUUAUUUUCCUUAAGUUGUAUUUAGAUUUGCAGAUAAUUUAAUUAAAAUGAA